UUGACUCUCAGCGCGCAUGCGCACAGAUGAGGAGAACAUCACAGAAGAUGGCGGCUGUGCAUGGAGCAGACGUGAGACGCUCAGCUAUGGGAGUUUUUAUAGUGUUAAUGUCUCUGCAGAUUCUAUCUGUUCGAUGUAAUCCACUGACAACAUCGGCUAAGAUUAUUCCGAGCAGCAGUGAGCAUCCGACUGACAACGAGGAAACACCUUAUGUUUCCACCACAAUAAAUGAAAGUAAUGUGGAUGAACCGGCUAAGGUGUUGAAUACAACAACAGCAGCUCCUGUUGUUCACAUCAACCUCACCAAAACAACAUCACCUGCUGCCACCACCACUCUUCUCUUACCCUCCACCACAGUCAUCACUACAACCACUGUGGUGGGUGAAGAACAAACUUCCCUGAUGGCCAACACUGUGUCUGCAGACAAACAGACCACCAUCUCCAUCCAUGAUGAAAGUAAAAGCACAGGUUACAUGGACGAAGUUUCUCCAGGACCUGACAAUGGAGAUGAAGACUUUGAAGACGGCGAUGAUGACGAUGAAAAUAACUUGAACAUCUUGGCCCCUCAGGAUAAUGAGAGUAAUCUUCUUCAUGAUGGCCCUGACAUAGAUGUUCACAUUAAAGACACAACAAUCUACACAACUCAGGAUGAAGAUUCACAUUUCUUCUUUCACCUGGUCAUCAUUGCUUUUCUGGUGGCCAUCGGGUACAUCACCUACCACAACAAGAGAAAGAUCAUGUUAUUGGCUCAGAGUCGCCGCUGGAGGGACGGGAUCUGCUCGCGAGGAGUCGAGUAUCACCGACUUGACCAGAACGUUCAGGAAGCCAUGCCUUCACUCAAGAUGACCAAGGAUUACGUCUUUUGACCAAUUCUAUAGUUAAAGAUAAAGAUGCUGAUUUUGUCUACACAUGGUGUCUUAUUUAAUCGGGGGAUGAGAAAUUGUGAUAAUUUACUUUGUGGUCUCUUGGAUCAGAUUGUUUUUAUUUCUGUUGUUUGUUUUUCUUUAAAUGCAAAUGUUUCCGAAUGGAUGUUGAAAUCGAUGUUUUUCUAAAUUUUACACUUAAUUUAAUCUUAAUGUGAAAACAAUCAGAUAAAUACUGUUGAUUUAUUUAAAGAAAGGGGAAUGAGGGUUUGUUUAUGUGAAUAUUAACAUUAUCAUGUUGGCCUGAAGUGACGUGAGAAUUUUUUUCAUCUCCGUAAGCGCUGCACACAAAUGUAAAGGCUGUACCUUACAAGGUUACAAUUUAAAGUCUGCACUAAAAGAUGAACGAUAUAUUGUUUAUUUUGACUCCAGCACAACAAUGGUUUAUCAUUGAUUACCUCUGUGAUGAUGUGAAACUGUGUUUGUUCUGCUCUGCUAAUAGAAAUUAGGACGUUCAAUCUGAGUUUGCUUUGCUAUGCAGCUGUUUUUGGGGCAGGCCCUCCUAUAUUUGUGUUUUGACUUCAAUGAAGUUGUUUUAUAUUGCACACGCUGGCUAGAUGAGCAACGUCUGUCGUUGCCAAAGUUGUGGAGUUGUUUUUUUAUUCAUUCUCUCCAGUCAUUGCAUAUGUGUUUAAGGCAAACACUGUAUAACAGCUGUAGCAGAACCGCUAAAAUCAUCCUAUCAAAUAGAGUGCAGAAAUAGUCUCUAAUAAUGUUCAUCAGCCUGACGUUUGUCAUUUAUUUGAGAGAAAGGCAGUUGUUUACUGAAUCAGUGGACUGAAUUCAUUUACAUGAAGGGUUGCAUCUGUGCAUGCAGCAUGUGUUAAGAUAAGUUUGCCUCUUCUUCAAUCAAUAAAGCCGAUGUAAUUGGGUAA